CCGCGCGGCGCCUGAAAAAAGUUGUGCGCGCGCGUGACACCUGUCAAAAUUGGCGGGAACCGCCAUUUUCGUGCGGAAUUGGCGCGAGACGCCAUGUUUGGAUUUGAAAAAAGUUUUUAUUAAAAUGUGCCAUUGAAAAAUAGUGCUACUAAAAGUGUAUGAAUAAAACGUACGUGUUAAAAUAAGUGUGAGUUUUAACUGUGAUUAGUGUGGUAAAUUACAGAAAAUACUGCUUGUGUUUUUAUUACAUUUUAGUAAAACACAUUUUCAAAAGUGAAUUUAACUGUAAACUUUCUGCCGCCCUUACAAAGUUUUUUGGAAAUAAUCUGCAGUUAUUGUAUCUAAUAGUUUUUAAUUAAUAAAUCCAAAAUAGCAUUUGAAACUUCAUAAUGAGCUACAGCGCAAUUUACGAGAACUACACGAGCAAUUUCAAAGAGUUUGAAUUCGAGAAAACGGAUCGCGACAAGUCCGAGUGUUGUCAGGUGAAAAAUGAAAGUAAACCUGCGGAAAUCCAAGAUGGCGGCGAGGAGAAGGAGCCUCAUGUGCAGCAUGUGCUGGGACCUAGCAGGCGAUGCUUGGCCUGGGCCUGUAAGGCCUGCAAGAGGAAGACUGCAGCGGUGGAUAGAAGAAAAGCAGCCACUUUGAGAGAGAGACGACGGUUAAGAAAAGUAAACGCGGCGUUUGAAGAACUGCGUGUGAGAGCCCGCGCGGGCAGCGGGCGACUGCCCAAGCUGGAGAUACUGAGAGCUGCGAUACAACACAUUGAGAGACUUCAAGCGGCGCUACGAGCGGCUGCCGUGCUGGAGUCUGAAAGCUGUAAGGGGUACAUGGACACCCCAGUCGCGGCCACGAGAAGCGACGUACGCGACCCCAAAAUGGAGAAAGAGAAACCGUUUCUAAACAAUGAAGUCAGUGGUUGUGGGGUAAACAGCCUAGCAAGAUUACGGUGUAUCGUCCAGGCUCUAUCAGUAAAAGACAAUGCUCUAUGACAUUAAUUGAAUGUAAUUAGUAAUUAUCAAUAAAAUGGCCUUCUUCAAUGUCUGUAGCAAAAAAGUUGAAAUGCGACUUUAAAACGGCUGAAGAAAACAAAGUUAUUUCUUACUAUAGUCUGAUCUGUGAGUAGCCAACUGUGCGAUGGGCGCCCGCAGUGAGUGUGCGAGCGCGACAGCAACAUAAUUACGCGCGAGCGAUAAGGAUGAGUAGCUUGGGGUCAUUGGACAAAAUUCUACGUGCUCACAGACCGGGCUUUAUUUUUAGUUAUUACUAACUAUUGCUUAAAAUCUUGUAAGAAAACUCUAGUUUUUCCUUUAUAAGAACUUCUUUCUUUCUAGUCUGCUUCACUAGUUAGAGAAAGUAAAUAAAUGUUUGCUAAAGUGCUCAAAUCAAUCUUUGCUCAUUAAUAUUACUAAAAUAUUGUGUAGCGGGUUCGAAUCCCAACGAGGACAAUGUUGGUUUACUGAUUUGUAACCGUAGAUAAGGUGGUAAAAUAUUGUAUUAUUUGUGUUUAUUUUAAGUAGAUUCGGUAUAUUUAUUUAACUACGUAUGUGGAGUUAAUUUGUUACAAACAUAUCUAUUAGUGCAUACUACUUAUUCACAAAAUACAUCUUAAAAAAUAAUAUAAACCCACCAAGUGUGAGUCGCGAAGGGUUUCGUACAGCUGAUUUCGAUAUGGUACACUAAAUAAGUAAAAAACAUAACAUAGCCUAAAAUAGAAAGAUGUUCCUAUAGUUUAAUUAUGUUAGAAAAUGUGUAAAUAAAAAUAGGGAUAGUAACAAGCCACAGAAGUUAUAAAAUAGGUUUCUAAUUAAUGUAUUUAAUAGUUAUUAAUAAUACUCUUACAAAAGGUAAACAAAUGGGUGCUGAAAUAAUUCAAAAGACAAUAAGUAAUCAUAAUAAUAAUGAUUA